UUCUCAAAGUGAUAAAAAGGCAAACACCCCAAGAAAAAGAAAGAGAAAAUAUAUAUAACAAAAGGAGAAGAAAAUGGAAGAUGUGGAGAUGGAGAAAAUGGUAAGUUGUAAUACAGCAGCAGCAGCAGAAGAAGAAGAAGAAGAUAUAUUGCUACCUGGUUUUAGAUUUCAUCCCACAGAUGAAGAACUAGUAGGGUUUUAUCUCAAGAGGAAAGUGGAGAAGAAGCUCUUCACCAUUGAUUUAAUCAAGCAUGUUGAUAUCUACAAAUUUGAUCCUUGGGAUCUUCCAAAGGUUAGCAAAAUCAGCAGCACAGUGGGAGAGAAAGAAUGGUAUUUCUUUUGCAAGAGAGGGAGGAAGUACAAGAACAGCAUAAGACCAAACAGGGUUACAGUUUCAGGGUUUUGGAAAGCAACUGGGAUCGACAAACCAAUCUAUGGUGUCGGAGAAUACCACAAUAACUCCAUCAUUGGUUUGAAGAAAUCAUUGGUUUAUUAUAGAGGAAGUGCUGGUAAAGGUACUAAAACUGAUUGGAUGAUGCAUGAAUUUCGUCUCCCACUUGAUCAAAAUCACGCCAAAGACAACUUUGAAGAAGCUGAAGUUUGGACAGUAUGCAGAAUCUUUAAACGUGAUGUUACAUGCAGAAAACAUGCAUUAGAUUGGCAAAACAAGAAGAAAAAUAACAAUAAUAAAAAUAAUGAUAAUAAUAUUAAUAUUAAUUGGAAUAUGCAAAAUAUUUCAGCAAUUUCAAGAACAUGCAGUACUGAAGAAUCAGAAAACAGCUUGGAGUUUUUAGGUGAGAAAGAAAUUGAAAAUUUUCCUGGAAAAUUAAAUCAAUUUUCGUUUACAAGUGAUCAUCAUCAUCAUCAUCAUCAAGGAACAUCUCAAGUUUUAAGCUUUUCAAACCCUAAUAAUGGCGAUGGAUUAUUCUUUGGACAACAACAAUGGAACGAUGAGUUCAAGCCAGUCGUAGAUUAUAAUUUUGGUGAUUCAUUACUUUAUAGUGAUUGGUAGAUUUUUUUUAUUGUAGUUUUUAACUCAUCGAAUCGUUGUAUGUGUUUAAUAUGAAUAUAUUUAAUUUUUUUUUA